AUGUCUUGGUCAACUUGUGAAUUCUUUAAUCAACCUUCUCUUAAUACUGACGUGUGUUGGCAUCAAAUAUCUCUUGUUGAUAAUGAAGGAAAUUAUCUUAAAACAUCAUGUAUAAUCAAUUCUUCACAAAACUCUUUCCAAGCUGAACAAAUGUGUAUAAGAAAUGGGAUGAGUUUGUUCGAAAUUAAUAAUUCUACAGUGCAGUCGGCCUUUUUUACAUCGACUUCAGAUGCUUUAAGAGAUUUUCCUGGUGGCUUUGUAUGGGUGAAUGGAAGACGAGACCCAGAUCCUGAUAAUUUUUGGUUCGCACGCAACCCAAGAAGAGUCCCACUUUACGAUGAAAUUAAUUGGGUUAACACAGAAUCUAUCGAUGGUCGAAAUUCAGGAGACUGUUUACGGUUCAAAUCACAGCAUGGGCUAUUUAGGGCAAUGGGAGUUGCUUGUUCAACAACAGCAUGGAUUAAUUGUGAAUAUUGA